AUGGCUUCCAACCAAGAAUCAAUCCAUGGUGCCAAAUUUCCUUUCCAUGUCCAAGAAAUGGAAAGACAAAUGAAUCUUGAGCCACAAGAAAAGGAGUUCGACUACUCGAAACGAUCUCAAUGGCUUCGCGCCGCAGUCUUGGGCGCCAACGACGGAUUAGUUUCCACGGCGUCAUUAAUGAUGGGUGUUGGAGCCGUGAAACAAGACAUCAAGGUCAUGAUAUUAACCGGCUUCGCAGGUUUAGUGGCCGGAGCAUGCUCGAUGGCCAUCGGAGAAUACGUAUCCGUUUACUCGCAACUCGACAUAGAAGUGGCUCAAAUGAAGAGAGAGAAAAGAAGGGAAGUUGCCGUCGAGACGAUGGCAAAAGUAGAAGUACAAGAGGAAGAAAACGACGAGAGUUUACCGAGUCCGGUACAAGCUGCUGCAGCAUCAGCCCUAGCAUUUUCUUUGGGUGCAAUGGUACCAUUAUUGGCUGCAUCAUUUAUAAAGGCGUACAAGGUAAGAAUUGGAGUGGUGGUGGCGGCGGUAACCCUUGCUUUGGUGGUGUUUGGGUGGUUAGGUGCGGUGUUAGGGAGGGCACCGGUGGUCCGGUCGGCGGCAAGGGUUUUGAUUGGUGGCUGGCUGGCCAUGGCCUUAACAUUUGGUUUAACAAAGUUGAUUGGUACUCAAGGCCUGUAA